AUGGCCGAUCUCCCGGCUUCUCCUAAGAUUCUCGAUGUCGGCUGUGGUCCGGGCAUGCAGACCAUCGAACUCUUGAGAAUCUGCGAGGGGUCGAUCGUCGCGGUCGACCUGCUGCCGCAGAUGAUUGCCAGGCUGCAGGCCGAGGCCGAAUCUACCGGCGUAUCCAACCGUCUUGUGACGAUCGAGCAGGACAUGAACGACAUGGCCUUCCCGCCAUCGAGCUUCGAUGUCAUCUGGUCCGAGGGGGCGAUUUACAACUUGGGCUUCGAGGCCGGGCUUCGUAAAAUCAAACCGUUCGUCAAGCCCGGCGGUUACAUCGCCGUCAGCGAGGCCGUGUGGCUCGAGCCCGACCCACCCGAGGAGGCCGUCGAGUUUUGGAAAGAGUAUCCAGAAAUCGACACCAUCGACGCAAAGCUGAAGGUCAUCGAAGACGUCGGCCUCAGCCCGGUCGAUCACUUCGUCUUCCCACCUGCGGCAUGGACCGAACAUUACUACGAUCCCAUGGAACGUCGCAUCGCCGAGAAAGCGCUCCAGUGGGAAGGUGAUCCAGAGGCAGAAGAGGUUCUGGAGGUGGCGAGAAAAGAGAUCACAGUGUUCCGCCAGUAUUCUGAUUACUACAGCUACGCCUUCUUCGUGAUGAGAAAUCCGGACUCGGAGUCGUUGAUGUCGAGGCAAAUUCGGAACUUGGGGCUGGCCACAACCCUCAGUCCUCAAAGACGAUACUGCAGUGCUAUCGUCCUCGCGACGGCGAUUCUCAGCUUGGCCUCGGUCCCUGCUUGGGCGGGGGAAACGGCCUCGGUUCUCGGCCGACGAGUGAUCGACACGACGGGCACACGGCACUUCUUGGGCGGGGAAAGAGUUCAGCGACCCGUGGCCUUCAUCUUCUUCUCUGCUGAAUGCCCCAUCUGCCAGCAGUACGUUCCUGAAAUCAACCGCCUCAGCGAACACGCCGAGAAGCAGGGUACCGACUUCUUCUGCAUCUUCACUGAUCCAACCGCCACACUGGCCGACACGAGAGCAUUCCAGAAAGACUUCGACCUCGAUUGCCCCGUUCUCCUCGACACGACCGGAGAGAUCACCGAACAACUGCAGCCCAAAAGAGUGCCGGAAGCUUUUCUAGUCAGCCCCGCCGGUGAAGUGGCCUACCGCGGCCGCAUCAACAACUUGUUCGCCUCACCGGGGCAGAAGCGACCCAAGGUCACCCAACACGAUCUCCGUGAAGCGAUCUACGCGUUAGCCGCCGGGAAGACAAUCGCGGAACCUCAAACCGAAGCGAUUGGUUGCUUGCUCGACAACCGAUUGAACGCAUCCACUUCACAAAAAGUCACCUUCACGCGUCACAUCGCGCCGAUCCUCUACACCAACUGUACAGAAUGUCAUCGCCCAGGCGAGGUCGCCCCCUUCUCGCUCAUCAGCUACGAAGACGCCGCCAAACGGGCCGAUUGGCUGGCCGAGGUCACCGAAGCUGGCUUGAUGCCACCGUGGCAUGCCGAGACCGGAUUUGGUCACUUCCGAGCGGAACGCCGACUCAGCCCGGCGCAAAAACAACAGAUCUGUGAUUGGGCCGCCGCCGGUGCACCCCAGGGCGACGAAGCCGACAUGCCGGUGCUGCCCGAGUAUCCCACGGGCUGGCGCCUAGGCGAACCCGACCUGGUGUACGAAGCGUCCCACUCGGUGACUGUUCCGGCCGAGGGGCCCGACCAGUUCCAUCACUUUGUGAUUCCCUUAGAAGACGUAGAAGACGCCAUCGCCGUUGCGGUCGAGUUCCAGCCGGGGAACCCUCGCGCGGUGCAUCACGCUAUCGUCUUCGUCGACGAUUCCGGCCUGGCCCGAAAGCAUGACGAAGCCACACCAGAACCCGGGUUCACAACCGACACCGGAUCUGUAAUCCCGCUCGCCGGAGUGAUGACAAUCUGGGCCCCCGGCGUAAGCCCUCCAGUUCUGCCCAAAGGAGUCGGCCAACGUCUGCCCAAAGGGGCCGACCUGGUGGUUCAACUGCACCUGCAUCCCACCGGCCGUGAAGAAACCGACCGUUCGCGCGUCGGCAUUCACUUGGCGAAAGAACCCGUCGAGCGAUACGUAUCGGGGCAGCCGCUCAUCUUCGGCCCCAUGGUCAUCGACAUCCCCCCGGGCGAAGACCAGUAUGAAGUCUCUGCCGAGCUAAAACUGCCCGUUGAUGUCACGCUGACCGCCGUCAUGCCCCACAUGCACCUGCUGGGCCGCCGUCUCAAAGUCUGGGCAACCAACCCAACCGGCGAGGAAGUGCCCCUGGUCUGGGUCAAGAACUGGGACUUCUACUGGCAGAACCAAUACGUCUAUCGCGAACCGGUGCGGCUGCCCAAAGAUACAACCAUCCACGUCGUCGGCUCGUUCGACAACAGCGCCGACAACCCACGAAACCCCAGCCAGCCACCGCAGCGAGUGUUGCUGGGCGAAGAAUCGACCAACGAAAUGUGCCUGGCAAUCUUCCAGGCCGUCGUCAACCAGCCUAAAGAUUCCGACAAGAUUCGCAGCGCCGUGUUCGCCAAUGUGUUCCAGCAGAUCUUCGACCCCGCCGUCCCGCCCGACGUUAAGGAGUUCACUCGCACAGCUCUGAAGUUGACUGACACCUAUAUAGCCGCGAAUCGCGCCGAUCGCAUGACCGACCCACCAGAUCAAAAGGGGUUUCGCACCCUCCGUGGCUUUCUUGAAGGCAAGGAACCCGACGAAGAGAACUACUUCCACUUCACAGUCUCGCUUCGUAUUCACGGAGAUGACAUCCCUUUCGAAGAGAUUUCCAAGCGUCUUGGUGUCGAGCCAACCAUGGCACGGAGAAAGGGGGAUUUCAAAGGCCCUCGCUCUCCCGCAGCCAAAGACGAUGCCUGGCACUACCAACCAAACAUUCCCGAGACCGAGCCUCUCGACGUGCACAUUGACGCACUUAUGAAGGUCGUGGAGCCGCACGUCGAUUAUAUCAAAUCGCUGAAAACAAAAUUCAGAGUCGACGUCUUCUGCGGUUAUCGAUCGAACUGCGACAUGGCCGGCCUCGAGGUGCCGCAUACCUGUCUCAAACUAUUCACCGCUCUAGAAGAUCCCUUCGGCCUGUCGAUCGUCAUCGCUUAG